AUGUCUGUGCCCACGCUGAACGAGAUUGCGCAGAUUCCCGAACUUCCGCCGUCUGCACCCGCCAUUUGGGCGAACCCGGUUCUGACCUAUGUCAACAGCAUGUACCAGUCUGUUUCGCAGCGCCGCAGCGCUCUGGGCCUGCCCUCUCCCGGCACGAUUGAGAACAUCAACAAAGAGGUGUCGAAGGACGUUUUCUUGACCCCUUACUUUUUUACUGGGUUGCGUGCUGAUGUGUCCAAGUCGUUCAGCAUGAACCCUGCCUUCCAGGUAUCGCACUCUCUGUCCAUGGGCUCUCCUGUGCUGCCCAGCUAUGCGUUUGCCGCCUUUUACGCUACCGACAACGCAUUCCUCCACGGCAACUUUGAGGGCGACAAAUCGUUGUCUGGCCGUGCCCAGUUCGGCUGGAACCCCGCAAACACUUCCAAGGCCAACUUCCAGAUUGCUCCCGGCCAACCGGCCAUGCUUCAGCUCGAGCAUGACUUUUUGGGCUCCGACUUCAGCCUCAACUUCAAGGCACUUAAUCCCUCGUUGCUUUCGGGCAGUUUCACGGGCGUGCUCGUUGGUUCUCUUUUCCAGUCUCUUACUUCGCACCUCAGUCUGGGUCUCGAGGCCAUGUACUCUUCGCAAAGCAGCCUGUACCCUCCCGAUGCCGCGGUGAGCUAUUACGCUCGCUAUGCCACUCCCAACUGGAUUGCCAGCGCGCAGGUUCAGGCCACCGGCUCUAUCACUGCAUCGUUCUGGCGCAAGGUUGCCGACAAGGUUGAGGCUGGUAUUGAGUCCACCGUUGGUGUCAAUGCCCAGCAGGCCAUGAUGAUGGGUACUCCUCCUACUCUUGAGGGUGUCACCACCAUUGGUGCCAAGUACGAGUUCCGCCAGAGCAUGUUCCGUGGCCAGGUCGACUCCAACGGCAAGGUUUCCUGCUUGGUCGAGCGUCGCGUUCUGCCCGUCGUUUCUCUCACGUUUGCCGGUGAGCUUGAUCAGUUCAAGAACCAGGCCCGUGUUGGUUUGGGUUUGCAGCUCGAGGCCGGUGGUGAAGAGGUCUUUGAGCAGCAGCAGAUGAUGGAGCAGCAGCAGCAGAUGCUCUAA